AUAUAAUAUUUAAACACGAGAGAGAAAUAAAAAUGAAGAAGUGUGUGAGUGUGUGUGUGAGAGGCAGUGACGAUGAAGUAGCUGAUUGACGUGCUCGUGCUCGUGCUGACAGCUCGAGACUCACAGCAGCUGCGCGCGACUCAAACUCCUGUCAGGAGUCUCAGAUGACAUUAUGAGUUACCAUAGUGACGCGCCUCGCCCUCCAGUGCCGGGUGAGGAGGGCUGUGAGGGCGGGCGCUUCUCCAGUAAGACUCCGUCUGAUUGGUCAGAGUCUCCGGCGGUCACACCGCGGCGCUCUGACCUGGAUCUGGGGUUCGAGCCCGAGGGCAGUGCUUCACGGGACGGCCCAUACGAGCCCUGGGCUGAGACGCUCCUCACGCUGCUGGACGACCGCGACGGCACGGCCCUGUUCCUGGACUUCCUGCGGACGCUGGGCUAUUCGGCGCUGCUGGAGUUCUGGUUUGCCUGCCACGGCUUCCAGAAGGUUCCCGAGGGUGCGACCGAGCAGCGCCUCAAACUGGCCAAAGCCAUGUACCGCUGCUACCUGUCCGAGCGCAGCGGCUGCGUUGUGUCCCGCAAGAUCACGGCCGAGACCAGGUGCGCCGUGCGAGACGCCAUUCAGCGGCUACAGCUGGACUCCGGCCUGUUUGCGCAGGUGCAUGCGCAGGUGCAGGCUGUGUUACAGGACAGCCUGUUCCCACUGUUUCUCAGGUCAGACGUGUAUCUGAAACACACUCAGACUGUCCAGUCACCACAAAACCACAAGACAACAUCGCAGGGAUGCCAGGCCACGCCCUCAGAGGGGGUGGAGCCUGAGAAAGAGACCCUCCCUCCCCACAAUGCAGCCAAUCAGAAGCGUCCAGACGAUGUCAAGCUGAGAUUCAGACAGCAGCAUCACGUGUGUCACCGACACCACAGAACACGAGACAGAGACGAGAGACACACACACCUGCCACACACACCAGUGAAGAUGACGCCACACAGCUUCGCAGCCGAACUGACGAGACGUUUGCAGGAGCUGCAGACUCGAGCGCAGAGACACGCAGAAGAGGACACAGAUUCCAGCGGCACCUCGCUGACGGCGGACGGUGACAUCAUCAGCACAUGUGACGUUAAGUGUGUCACAGUGGUGUACUAUUACAGCGGAGACGUGAUCCCGUACAGGACGUGUGUCCGCAGUGACCCCGCCGUGACCCUGGGACGCUUUAAAUCCCUGCUGACGCGCAGAGGGCCGUUCAGGCUUUACUUCAAGAGAGCGAGCGCAGAGGUCGACUGCGGCGCGGUUUAUGAGGAGAUCCAUCGGGAUGAGGCCGUCCUGCCCACGUUUGAGCAGAAAAUCAUCGCCAGAGUGGAGACAAUCACUGAUCAAAUGAGCUGAACACCAGCAUUUCCCUGUACAGAGUCUGUUUAUUUCUUUAAAUAUGAGGAGGACAAAACCAUCAUUUAAUCAAGAGUUUAUUGUUUGCUGCUUUUGAAUAAACAGUCGUUCAUUGGA